CAUAAAUCUAGCAAAGCCAUUGUUGAACAUUGGACAAGACAACCUCAAAUCCCCAACUCCUUCUGCGUGUCGCUGCCCCUGCUACCAGGCCAGGAACUAGACUCCUCUCCAUACUUGAAACUUCAAACUCUCCACCGUCACCAUUGUUCGACCGAAAUCCAGAAAUACACCUGCUGAAGCUUUCCAAUCGCACCUUCAGACGAGCAAAACAUAGUCGAGCCGCAAGAGGAGGAAGUCUUACAGCCGCAUGGUGCAAUGAACGAAACGCCGCGACUGCGGUCGGCUUUUCCCACCACUCCUCAAACAGGGUCCCGACAGCGAAAUGGCAACUUUGGUGGCCGUCCUCCUGCGUUCGCCUCGCCUGGGCAGAAACCCUCCCCAAUAACGCGGCCGACCCGAAUACCUAUCGAUGCUAAGUCGCCUGCCGCGCCUGUCAUACCGACAGAAGUCAUUGAUGCGCCUUCGCAGAGAUUCUACGUCUUUGCCUUCUAUGUCGCUUUAACUGCAUGGAGGUUUUACAAUUCAUACAACGUGGAGAACGACCUCGACUCAACAUGGCUGUUCUUGAAAUGGGUGGGCAUCGACGCAGCGUUCUUCGUGGCUCUGCCUGCUUUCAGAAUUCCUUGGUUGGAGUGGUCAUUUGCAACGACCUUCACACUAUGGCUCCUUCACGCCAUUGCAAAUGCAUUCCUCAUGUACAAGAUUCCAAUCCCACUUAUGGCCUGGGCAGGAGCACUGGUCAAGGUGGCUUACGAUCGUGAACUGUCUAUAUCAGAACACCGGGUCAAGCCGGCCGACAUAUUGCAGAAUUCUUCCAUCAUUCUGGGAAAGCAAAUCAUCCAUAUCCUACCAGAAGGCUUCGCUGUUCUCAAUCCAGAGAAGAAAUCAUAUUGCCUCGACAGCUCAACUCCAUCAAUCGAUCUGCCUAUCCAGAUCAACCAGACGACGCCUAUUUCUAUCGAGCUGCAAAGAUUCGAUCUCGAUACAGAGGAGGUUGAGACCAUUUUGAUCAGCGGCAAACAAGCCAGGCAGCUCAAGAAGGCUGCCGAUGGAGCGCAUCACAAAUCCGACCCUAGUCCGGUCCGGACACUGCGUUAUCCUGUAUCCAAAAAGGGACUUUAUCAGUUGCAACGUGUCAUUGAUGCGACAAAGCUGGAGGUCCGCAAACGAAGUUUUGAUGUUGCUGUUGUGCAGUGUCCGAAAGCCUCUAUUUCAGCCACAUCGGAAAAUCGUUGCACAGGAGACUUGAGCGAUGUUUCGCUGCAAGUGUCGGGUGUUCCUCCAUUCAAGGUCAAAUACAGUAAGAACGUCAACCACAAGCAGUUUAGCUCCAUUGUUCAGAAUGUUCAGCCCCGUGCCGACUCCGGGUACGUGUCUGAUGAGGAAAGUUCCCAGGCAGUUGUGGACCCUAGAAAGCCUCAAAUGGGUUGGACAAAGUCUACCACUGAGUCAUUCGACAUCAACGAAUCUUUACAUCAAAAUGGGAGCCAUUCGUACACGAUUGAGGAAGUCGAAGAUGGCUUGGGCAACAAAGUCGACUACUAUGCGAGCAACUCUAGAAAGACGCAAGCUUCUUCGGUCCAGAGUUUGACAGUACACAAUCGACCUCAAAUCAGUCUGGUUGGCUGCAACUCGGAUCGUGCAAUACCGCUGCCAAAGGAGAGCUCUAUCAAUUUACCUGUUCGCGUCCGCACGGUCGACCGGCUACACCCAUCUGACUGGCCUUUGAAACUUAGAUACAGCUUCAGACCAGAAACGGAAAGCGAAGCCGGCUCACCAGAAGAAUUCACGUAUGAAAUUGCGAAUGAUCGCUCUUCGCCACGAGUGAGCAAAGCAGGCCGGUAUAGCAUUGAUUCGGUAGACAGUCAAUUCUGUCAUGGAGAGAUUGUGGAACCUUCUUCAUGCCUCCUGUUUAAUCCUCCGGAGCCUGACCUUGUCAUCGACACCGAGGAUAUUGUGGAUCAAUGCGCGAAGAGUCCCAUUGGCAUGUACAUCAACCUUGACUUCACCGGAACUCCGCCCUUCAAAGUCAGAUACAUGGUUACUCAUCGCGGCAAAGCGCAUCCAAAAGUCCAACAAUUUUCAGGGAUGCGUGGACAGAUUGAGCUGCGUGAAAAAGAAGCUGGUUCCUAUACCUACCAGAUUCUCGAAAUCGAGGAUGAUGUCUAUGGACCGAUCUCUUUGAAGGGAAGAAAACUACCUGAAUUGAAGCAGGAUAUCCGGCCACCUGCGUCUGCCAACUUCCACGGCGGCACCCAAGUCGUUAAGACAUGUCUGAAUGAACCAACUUCAAUGCAGGUCAGAUUCACUGGUCAGGGACCAUGGGAUCUGGACUAUGAGCUUGUCCAUGGUGGAAAGAGGAAAAAGCAUUCCCUUCAUUCGGAAGAGGAAUUGCAGACGAUCGACUUUCCGGGUUUUGCUGAAGGUGGCACUUACUCUGUCGUUCUGACCGGACUUCAAGACAAAUCUAAGUGUCGCACUACAUUGAAGGAGGAACGUCAGAUCGAGGUAAGACCUGGACAAGCACGGGCCGCGUUUGGCGACAUCGAAGGAAAGAGGACCAUUCUAGCAUUGGACGGCAAGGCCAUCAAAGUCCCUCUACGGUUGCAGGGCAUUGCGCCAUGGGCUGUAAAGAUUCAGAUUGUGGACCAUCCUUCCGCCUCGCGUGAGCAUGUGUUCAGAGACGCAAACUCCAUCUUGUCCCUUGAUCGGCAAGGGACUUAUGAGAUUGUCUCAGUGCACGACAGCUGCCCGGGCUUAGUGGACUUCAAAGCCAACAAGUUUCAAGUGAGCUGGAUUCCUCGACCAACGUUGUCCGUCACAGACACUGCGGCUUCGCGAGAUGGCGCCGGGACCUUCCACAAAUCAGCAGUAUGUCAAGGCGAUGAAUCCGCAUUGUCUCUCAGCCUCAGCGGCAACCCGCCAUACCAUGUGAAAUAUCAGCAAAAAUAUGAGCCCGUCAAAGGACCUGCGGCCAUCAGCAACAAGCCCGGCAGUUUUGCAGGCAGCAACGCAAAGAUCAACCUGGACACCAGCAAGGCCGGUGACUAUACCUAUGUCUUCACCGAGCUGAGCGACGAGCGCUACGCUCACGACAAGAAUCACUUUCCUCCAUUAGUCGUCAAACAGGAGGUCUACGCGCUUCCGAGCGCGAAGUUCACCAACCCAGGCAAGACAUAUGGCUACUGCAAGGACGACCCGAGCUUCACGUCCAGUGUCGAGGCACAGACUGAGAACAUCCCCAUCACUUUCACAGGAAGUCCGCCCUUCAGCGUUGAGAUCGCCAUUGUUCACCAUGGCGUAUCCUCACGUCCGGAAAUCAUCCGCCACAAGGACAUCCAAUCAACCACAUACUCAUGGCCUCUGUCCCGGUCGACCCUUGACCUCGGCACCCACAGCGUCUCCCUCCGCUCCGUCAAGGAUGGCCGCGGCUGCGAAACCAUCCUCGAGUCCGAUCCAUCCUCCGUGCGCAUCUUCGUGUCGUCCCCACCGACCAUUAUCGCCCUCGAGUCCCAAGAGAAUUACUGCGUCGGCGAGCAUGUCUCUUUCUCACUGAGUGGUCAAGCGCCUUUCGACGUUUUCUACCAGUUCCAAGGCCGCGAGCGCAAGGCGCGAGUGACCGGCAACGAGUUUAGGCGUCUUGCCGAGUCACCCGGUGAAUUCGUCAUUACUGGCGUAAGUGACAGCGCCAUGGGCAAUGGAAAAUGCCGCGCAAGAAAGGAAAUCAAGAAGACCAUCCACGCUUACCCGACUGUCGAAAUGGGCCGCGGCAAAACCUUGGUCAGCGACAUCCACGAGGGCGGCGAGGUUGAUAUCUUGUUCUCGUUUACUGGCACGCCGCCGUUUGAGUUUACGUACACUCGUUCCGAGAACACCAAGAGAGGUCGCAAUCCGCCUAAUAUCGUCGAAACCCGCCACGAUACGUCUAACGAGUACACCAAGUCCAUCCGCGCUAGUGACGAGGGUGUCUACGAGGUUGUCUCGAUCAAGGACCGUUUCUGCUCGUAUACUAAGCCGAGCCAUAAAUUGGGCGGUGCUGCUGGAACAGGGGGCCAGAAGCGUUUGACUUACUAAGUGAAGUAAGUUCGUCAACAUCUAGAGACAUUGUAUCACGCGUUUCUGGGGAAAUCGGUCAUCGGAAGGGUUCGUUUGUAAGCUAAAUCGACUUUGGUUCAUGAGUGCGGACGGGGAUGGAAGAGCAAAUGUAUCUGUGGCAGAGAGGGAGAAAAGUAUUGCAAGCAAACCUGUUUUCUUUUGGACCUUUAGGGGCUAGGGCCACAUUAUACCUGGGUUAGCGGCAUUCAGUCUUUGAGUAAAAGGUGAAAACAGAGG